UGAACGUUCGUUGAAACCGCACGUCCAUUUCGUUUCAAAAAAGCUUCACGAUUCCGAGCUUUGUUCAAAUUUUUAAUUAUGUGUUUAUUUUUUGAUCGUGAAUAGAAUUUACGGCAAUAUUUUAAUCUGGCAAUUGUGAAUUUGUGAUUGUAAAAUUAUUUUGUUUAUCCUGUCGCUAAAUAGUGUUUGUAAACGGAUUCAGUAGUGUCGGCAUAGUUUAUUUAACUAAGUUCGUGACAGUGCUUUCCAUUUAUCUAAGGAAUGUUUUUGGAGAAUUGACAUCUUAAUAAAUAUAAAGGAGCGGCUUGGCGCGGCGUAACCGGCGGGCCGCGCCAUGGGUAACAAGUGCUGCAGCCGCCGUCAUGACCCAGAUAGGCCUUUGGUAUAUCCGGCGUACAAGAAUGAGGCGGGUUUCACGGCGUGCCCCUCGUCGCUGGAGACUCGGUAUACGGGAGAACCCAACACACGAGUGCUGUCGCGACCUCCCGCGGAUAUCGUGCGCACACGCAACCCUGGAAAAUGUAUAACAAACGGCGGUCGUCGCGUAGUAAAGGCACUAUGUGCGUACACAGCUCGGGCAGACUCAGACAUUUCAUUCCGCAAGGGCGACCGUAUGGAGGUCUUGAGCGAUGCAGAACCUGAUUGGUGGAGAGUCCUUCAUCUGACCACUAGGAGAGAGGGCCUCGUACCUGUCAACUUCGUCGCUGAAGAAAGUUCCGUUGAAUGUGAAGACUGGUUCUUUCCUCACGUAUCCCGCAAAGAGGCCGACAAACUCCUCCUCGCUGAAACCAACCCUCGAGGGACGUUCCUCGUCAGGCCAGCGGAACAUAACCCUCACGGCUUCAGCCUGAGCGUCAAGGAUUGGGAGGAGGGAAGAGGGUACCAUGUCAAGCAUUACAAGAUCAAGCCUUUGGACAAUGGAGGGUUCUACAUCGCCACAAAUCAAACGUUCCCGAGUCUGCCAGCGCUUGUUAUGUCUUAUACAAAGAACGCGUUAGGUCUGUGCCACGUACUCGCGCGGCCGUGUCCCAAACCUGAACCUCAAAUGUGGGACCUCGGACCCGAGUUACGGGACAAAUGGGAGAUACCACGGUCAGAAAUACAACUCAUAAGGAAACUAGGACAAGGCAACUUCGGAGAGGUCUACUAUGGGAAGUGGCGUAAUAAUAUUGAGGUGGCUGUGAAAACACUGAGAGAAGGCACAAUGUCGACCCAAGCCUUCCUACAAGAGGCAGCCAUUAUGAAGAAGUUCCGACACAAGCGGUUGGUGGCGCUGUACGCAGUUUGUUCCACCCAAGAGCCAGUUUACAUAGUGCAAGAAUAUAUGAGUAAAGGUUCCCUCCUGGAGUUCCUCAGAAACGGUGAGGGCAAGUUCCUCCAGUUUGAGGAUCUAGUGUACGUGGCCGCACAAGUCGCGUCCGGCAUGGAAUACUUAGAAUCCAAAAUGUUGAUACACAGAGACUUAGCCGCUAGAAACGUGUUAAUAGGUGAAAAUAACGUAGCUAAAAUAUGUGACUUUGGUCUCGCGAGGGUGAUUGAAGACAACGAGUACUGCCCCAAGCAGGGAUCUCGCUUCCCAGUGAAGUGGACGGCGCCUGAAGCCAUCAUCUACGGACGAUUCUCCAUCAAGAGCGACGUCUGGUCGUACGGCAUCCUACUGAUGGAGCUGUUCACGUACGGACAGAUACCUUACCCCGGUCUGCACGGCAAAGACGUCAUCGAACAAGUGGAGCGAGGCUACAGAAUGCCGAAACCCGUCGGCCACUACCUCCCCGACGAUAUCUAUAGACUGAUGCUACAAUGCUGGGACGCUAUCCCCGAGAAACGGCCCACUUUCGAAUUCCUAAACCACUAUUUCGAAUCGUUCACAGUGACCAGUGAGAUACCGUACAGAGAAGUGCAAGACUAGUGCUGUGAUAUAGUGAAAUAGUUUGUAUGUGCCGCGUGAGAGACAUUGUGUAUCGUGUAGGGUCCUCUUAGCAAAUGUGGCACUUAUACAGUGCUGUGGCCGUCUCCGCCCGGGACCGGCCACACACAUAUAAAUCCACUUUUAGUAUUUUUAUACUCAAAUCAUUAUUGAACUAAAACAAUACAGGAACGUGUGAGCUUCUUUUUUAUUGGUCGACGGCUUUUCUCUUCUGUUUUGUAAGUCAAAAUUGAUAUCGAAACAUUUAGCCUAAGUCAAUACGAAAACACAGAAACUGAGGUACGUUAAGUCCACUAAAAUAAAUUUAGUAUUUAUAGUAUUGAUCAAUUUUCACUUUCUAUAUUAUUUAUGUAGCUUAUAAGCACUGGUAGUGUUGUUUUGCAUUUUGUACAAACUAAAUUGUUCACUACGGGAUAAGCAAUAAGGUUGAAAACGAAAUGUAACACAAUAUUUUCAUAUUCUAAAAUGAUAUGUGAUAUUUUUUUUAUCACCGUAAGGCCCGACACUGGAGUACGAUUAAGAUCUCAAGUCCUACGCUUCACUCGUGCUUUGUUACUCCAAGUUAUUGUUAAAGUUCACGCACAACCAAAAUUACGUCUUGUUUGCGUACAAAUUUAUAAUUGCCCUUAUUAACGACAGAAAAUUCAACUAAAGUACUUCAAGGCUCCUUUGCAAUUAUCAUGUACAUUUUAGAGGAAGUUAAUGUAGAAACCUUUAGUUGUCAUUAGCUCCCUGAAUCAAAAUUGACUACUGGAUAUUAUAUGGUGGAUAGAAAUACACGUAUGUAUAAACAGGACUACAAAAAACACAUGUUCAAUCUUAUAAUAAUGUUGCGAACAAAAUAACUAAGCAAAUAGCCUCAUACUU